GGUGUCGAUGUCGCAUACGUACGUUUCGAUAAGAUGAUAAAGACAAGACCUUUUAAAGGCAGAGUCUGAAGGGCAGAACGCAAGAACAAUGAUUGCAAGCAAUCGCAAAUGCAAGAGGUUACCCAUCUUCCGUAGAUUUCGGAGUAUCGGGGGGGUAAGUUACACAGAGCACAGUCGGCCUUCGGCUCCACGCGCAUCCCCCAUGUCCCGAGUAAUGCGGACAAAGUGUGAAGCAUUUAAACAAGAACCAGAAAUGUAGCAAUGAGUAAUCAAGAGACACUCGUACGACACGAAUUCAGACAACCAGCCUGAGUUUUCAUUGCCUUUUAUCACAGAAGCAACAAUCAUUUCAUCGCCUUAAGUUCCACGAAAGAGCACAGUAUGGCACACGUCGGCGCGCUGCCCAAGAUCCAUCGCUAUAUCACCAGCCACAAUGAUGAAGGCAAAGCCAUCUUUAGCAGCGCCUUCGAUGAUGAGAGCAAGAUGAAGCCCAACUCCGACGGUAUCGCAUUUGCCCUCAGCUACAUAACCAAAGGCUUCCCUGUCGACAUGAACAAGGACAAAGACCUUGGCGUAUACGGCGACUACCUCAAUGACGCACCAGGACUUGUAGUCUCUGGUGGGACGGUCUUACGACACGUCGAUAUUCCUCCCGCCACAGAAUGCACAAUGCACCGGACCGUGAGCUUGGACUACGGUUGCGUACUCGAGGGGGAGAUCGAAUGUCUACUUGAUAGUGGCGAGAAGCGCUUCAUGAAGCGGGGAGAUGUCGCGAUUCAGCGCGGGACCAUGCAUCAAUGGAUCAACCAUAGCCCAACUGAGUGGUGUAGGAUGCUUUUUGUAUUGCAGGAGUGUCAGUCGUUGAAGCUUGGGGGGGAGACAGUCGGAGAGGAGCUGGCUGGUAUGGCGGGCGUGCGGCCUUCUGAUUAAGAUUAGCAGCUUUGUUGUACGCGUGAGGUUGAAAUUAGGAUAUGGGGUUUGGAUAAGGAAUCGCGGAUAUAUUGCUAUCGAUAUCGAUUAGUAUGGGCUGGGCUUCGAGUCUGGAGUGCCAAGCUAGCUAGUACUAUCCAAUCUGAUUACUCCCCACGUGCUCCACCUUUUCUUCUCGAC